AUGUUGUACAUUGAACGUACAUCUCACACCUCGUCCAAUCUCAACUAUAUAGUGAGAUCAUUCCAAAGACACUUUUUUUAUAUAAUCUACCUUCUAAUUUUAAGUAGAUUUUCAAAAAGUAAAAGACAUUUACCUUUGCUGAAACAAUAAACAUUUUUAUUCUAAGGGAAAAUAAAAUAAAAUAAAAUAAAAUAAAAUCAAAUAGAAUCAAAUCAAAUAAAACAAAAGUAAAAUGAGAAGGCAGCGAGGCGGUGGUCGACGGAGGAAGCUGAAAAAGAGCCGUUGGUCAAAUCCUGGCGUCCACUAACCUCAGCCGUUGAUCAUCUUUCCAUCAACCGCUGGAAGUGUUUUUCCGAUGUCAUAAGUAACUAUUCUAAAUUCAAAGUGCCUAACGUUAACUUUAUUCAUGCUUCUCCUUCUCCAUAUAUAUCAGAUCAGACCCAUCCCCUUCUAAUUUCUCACUCCUUUAACAACUUCACUUCUCAUCUUUUUCUGCUGUUGUCAUCGCCAAUUCAAAUUCUUCUUCAAUCUUUUCUCUGCUUUAAUCAAACUCAUAUCCAUCACUAUGUCUCUCCCAAUCACUUUCUCCUUCCAAUGCUCUAUUCGCCGCAACGGCAAGAGCAGUCUUGCCACCGACGGUCAACCGUUGCAAUUCGUCCAACUCCGUUUGAGGCACUUCGGCCAAUUGGUUCAUACACCUUCCCAGCAAAUCCUUCAACAAACUUCCCCCACUUUAAUUUCCGAUACUCUGAUCCCUUUCUCUCUGUGGGAGCUUGAAGAUCCACCUUUCAUCUCCUACUUCUUCCUCUUUCGUUUUCUCUCUUCCUACGAUAUCUCCGCCGCCGUCUGUGACGCCAUCUUCUACAAUAUUUCCUCCUUUGCUGGUCAAAUAUUAUUGGCCGCCGAUAGCAACAUAAAUGUCAACUUCCACAUCAUAGCCGAUGUGGAUAUCGUGUACACGCACUGGGUGGACCUGGACCCAGCAGAAGAUGCCCCGGCGGUAAGGAAAGGGGCGUCAACAUCGGUGAUUGAGAGGGUGAUGAAGGAGAAAUAUGAUGGGAAUGGAGGGGAAGAGAAGGAAGGUGAUGAUCAAUGCAGUGUUUGUUAUGAACAACUGUAUGGAAAAAGAGAGAAUGAAAACGAAAAGGAAAAGGAAGUGAGCAGAAUCCCAUGCGGGCACAUGUAUCAUAAGUCAUGCAUUCUCAAAUGGCUUAAAAUCAGCAAUUCAUGUCCUUUGUGCAGAAGGGAAUUAGAAGAAUAACUCACUAAAUCUCAUCUUUUUUUUUUCUUUCUUUUCUUUUCGUAAUCAUCUUGAUUAUUCGAACACAACAUUUUCUUUUUGUUGGUCUGUGAUAAAAAAACAGUGAAUAUUUCUGUGUGAUUCUUUUGAACGAAUACAAAAUUUUAUAAUAGAAAAAUACAUUAGUGAA